AUGCUCGAGCAGCAAGCGGGACCAGCCUUGGGCCGGGCCGCCAGAAGCGCCACCUUGUCCCCGCGUGGAACUGGGCCCCAAGUGCCCAGCCUGCUCCUUCUGGGGAAGCUCGCUCCCCACGCUUUUGUCCGGGUCCGCCGCUCGCAGGCCCACCCUUUCGGGGGCUCUCGGCCGGCCCCGACCGAAGUACCUCUCCUUUUGUCUCGGCGGAGCCCUUUCCUCGUUAUUUUUUUUUUUUUCCGGGACGCAGAAGGAUUGUGGGGCAGGGCAGCCGCCCUCGCCCCGUUGGACUUCGCAGCCCGUGCGCCCCAGGACGAGGCCGCACCCCCGGUCCAGGAGGCCCGCUCCCCGCCCCCGCCGGCUGCAGCGCCCCCUAAGGCCCGGAGGUGGGAGCCGGCGGGCCCCGGGGAGCCCCUGGGGAGGGGGGUGGGUCCGGUUGGGAGGCGGGAAGCCGGGUGCUUGCGGGUCCCGCCUGAGAAGCGGUCACCCGCGGGGGCUUGGCAUCUGAAAGUGCGAUUUGGGUAG